CAGCAUGGUGGAGUUUGUGCCUCUGUUAGUGCCUUGGGAGCGCUGGCUACAAAAUCUUGCCGUCCUUUUCUGGCUCUCAUGCUAUUUGCUCCUGGGCCUGACCUCCCUCGGGGUCUUUGUAGGCCUCCUGUUCACUAGGUUCUGGCUCUUGACUGUGCUGUACGCCUUCUGGUGGUUCCUGGACCGAGACACGCCGUGGCAGGGGAGCGGGCACAGAGAGAGCUACAGGCGCUUUGUCGUAUGGAAUUACAUAAGAGACUAUUUCCCAAUCUCGCUGAUCAAGACUGCUGAGCUGGACCCCUCCUGGAACUACAUUGCCAGCUUCCACCCCCAUGGAGUCUUGGCGGUUGGAACCUUAGUCAACUUGUGCACUGAGAGCACAGGCUUCUCCUCGCUUUUCCCUGGCAUCAAAACCCAUCUGAUGGCGAUGAACAUUCUUUUCCAUUUCCCAGUCUUCCGAGAUUGCAUCUUGGCCUUGGGGGCAGUCUCUACAGACAAGGAGAGUGCUGCUCACAUUUUGACCAGGAAGGGCAAUGGGAACCUGCUGGCCAUCGUCGUCGGGGGAGCUAAGGAAGCACUGGAGGCCAGGCCUGGAUCCUACAGGCUGAUACUGAAGAAACGCAAGGGCUUCAUCAGGCUUGCCCUGACCCACGGAGCAGCCCUGGUGCCAGCCUUCUGCUUUGGGGAGAAUGACCUAUUUCAUCAGGUUCAGAACUCUUCUGGCUCCUGGUUGCGCCGUGUCCAGAAUUGGCUGCAGAAGAUCAUGGGCAUCUCCCUCCCACUUUUCUAUGGCCGUGGUAUCUUCUGGUACAGCUUUGGGUGGAUGCCUCACCGUCACCCUGUCACCACCAUAGUGGGGAAGCCCAUCGAGGUGCAGAAGACGCUGCAGCCUACAGAAGAGGAGGUGAACCGGUUACACCAGCACUACAUGGAGGAGCUGUGCAGCCUCUUUGAGGCCCACAAACUCAAGUUCAACAUUCCUGCUGAGCAACACUUGGAGUUCUGCUGAGCGCUUCCAGCCAGAGGAAGGAUUACCACAAGGUCAGGGCCAGCUGUUCAGUGCCCAGGAGGUGGAGCACAGACUUCUGCCAAUCCAACCACAUCUGUAGGCAUGAAGGAGAAGACCAGACUUUGCCAGCUCUGGUUUGCAGCCUUGCACCAAAGGGGACUGCAAGUUUCCCCCAGUGCAGUGUGAAAGGCUUGAGAAGGGAUGAUUUGUGAGACCUCCAUCCUCUGUUGUCAUGUCACUCCAAGAGUAUAAAAAGUAUAAAAGCAGAAGAAGAGAGCAAUGACGUUUUUCUUCUUCUACCUCUAAAUGAUAACACAAAGGAAACCACCAGCCAGUCCUUUCCCUUUCAUGGCCCCUUAUCAGCACCCUGAAUGGCCCUUCCUUCCCAGAGUGGAAAGUGAGGGAGAAACCAGUAAUUCCUGCACUCAUCCUGAACACCUUUGUGUUUCUGGGUCCUCUGAGCUCUGAAGGGGAUGUGACUCUAGUCAGACUUCAUUCUCCCUCGCCUCAGUUUACCCAACUGACCUAGGUGAACUCAGAGUCUCACUUCUGACAUCACACAAGCCAAGGGCUCCAUGAGGGCACCUCUUACUCAUCUUUGGUGACUCCAACCCCAGAUCUGGGCACAACUGGAAGGCUCUGUAAACGCUAGUUCAAUGAGUGAAAGGAUUCCAUUUUAGUUCCCUUCUUUCUUAACCACCCCAACAAGUUGGCUGGCAGAAUCCUGAGCUCUGACCUCAAGCCUGGAACUAUGACCCUAAUUCACCUUCCCCAAGGCUGGCUCAGAUUGACCUGAAGAAAUCAUGUUGAUCUGUUCCUUCCUGAUACAUCACCCUAAGAUUUAGGCCAGCACAGAGAACAAGAAAUGAGUGUGAGGUGUGUAUGAGGUGCAUGACACUCUGAUAAGAAGAGUUCUGGGUUCCUGAGUCAGGAACAUGUGUGAGUGGUGCAGGAGGAGGCUGGCUGCUUACCUCACCCUCCUUUUGUCUUGGUCACAUUUUUCAUUGCCUGGCCAAAAUACCUGAUACGCACAACUUCGAGGAGGAAAGGUUUAUUUUGGCUCAUAGUUUGUAAGGGUUUCAGCCUAUAGUUAGCUGGCACCAAAAGAAAGUCCAUAUUAGCUGGCUCUAAAAGCAAGGCAGAGGCAUGACUCAGGGAACAUAUUCAUGCCAUGGUGGACAGGCAGCAAAGCAAGUCAAAAGAAAAGCCAGGAGAUAAGUCCAGGCUAUGCCCCCCAGUGACCCACCUCUUUUAAGCAGACCCCACCUGGACCAAAACAGAGUCUUGUCAGGGCUGUCCUUGGCCCAGUUGACCCUGCAGGGCCAGAAGCCCAGGAUGUGCACACUCCAACCUGUACAGUCCACAUUGCAUAAAAAAGUGAGGUCUGUGGCUAUAGGUAGCUCCUGGCACAAAGCACAGGUC